AUGCCAAAAAGAUCCAGCAAUGCAGAUUUACCACUCGGCUGGGAAGUUAAUACCGACUACGAUGGCAAGGUUUACUUCAUCGAUCAUAUCAACAAGAAAACGACGUGGAUCGAUCCCCGCGACAAGCACACGAAACCGGAAACGUUCGCUGACUGCAUUGGCAACGAAUUACCGUUCGGAUGGGAGGAGAGCUACGAUCCACAGAUCGGUACCUACUACAUCAACCACAACAUACAGUCGACGCAGCUCGAAGACCCGCGCCUGCAGUGGAAGAGCAAGCAGGAUGAGAUGCUGCGGGAGUACCUCUGUUCGGCCCAGGACACGCUGGAGGCAAAGAAGGAGAUUCUGAACGUGAAGACACAGCGGUUGCACCUGGCGCAGGAGGAAUACAACCACCUGAAUGCUCUCGCGGCGAGCCGCACUAGCAUCUGCUCAUCGACGAGCUCCUCGUGUACCAAGUUUGACCCAGAACUGCUGCGGGCCGAUCUGACGAUUGCGAAGGAGCGUGUGUUUCGGCUGAAAAAAGAACUAUCUCGAAUACAGAAGGAGAUGCGCAGCACCCAGAAGGGUGUGGAUACACUGGCAAGCGUGGAGCAGAAGCUAAACUCUCACGUAAACGGUUGCUACAACAUCAGCGAGGCGCAGGCCAUCAUGGAGGAGGUGAAGAAAAUCCAAAAGUCUCUGAUCACCGGCGAGCGGGAAAAGAAGGAGCUAAUGAAGAGCCUAGCGCAAGUGAAGGACGAUUUGACGCGUUUGCAGCUACGCCAGGAGAGUCCGGACGCGUCCACCUUCAACCUGGCGCAGGACCGGAUCUGCGCCGCGUCGCAAACCGACCUGUCGUGCGACAACUUUCCGAUGGGGGCGCGCGAGAUGGCGAAGAUGCGCCAGCGGUACGAUGAGUGGCGACGCCGCGUGAAGGAGAUCCAGGAAAAGCUGGCGGCGCUCGAGGAAAAGAUUCGACCGGGCGAGCUGGAGUCGGACCAGGACCGCUUGCUGCUGUUCCAGGAGAAAAAGCAACUGCUGCUGGAAUACCGCAGCAUCACGCCCAAAUCGCGCUCGCAGUCGGAGAUGAAGCGCAUCCACAGCGUGUGCCGGCAGCUCGAGUCGGACCUGAACAUGGCGUACGAAGAGUCCAACCAGUGCAUCGCCAACCGGCUGAAGCUGCACGAGGAGAAGCAAGCCUUGCUGCAGCAACUGCUCGAGGCACUCAAGGAGUUUACGCACCUGGAGAACCAGCUGAAAUCGCUGUCGGCCAGCACACUCUCGAUCAGCAGCAGUUCGAGCCUGGGUUCGCUGUCGACGGCCUCGAGCAAGGGGUCACUGAGUGGGCUCAGCUUUACCGACAUCUACGGUGAUCCGCUGUCGUCCGAACCGCAGAUCGACAUGGUCGACAUUAAUCGGCGCGUCCAGCGGCUUUUCCAUCCGAGCUCGGACGUCUCGCUGUCGCCGCGUAGCAGCCUGUCGGCGGAAACGCCACCAGCUUCGCCAAUGAAGCUAGAUUGCGAAGGUGGUAACGGUGGUGGUGUUGGUGGUGGAGUGGUCUCUACCGCCCAUCUGUCCGGUCACGUUGCGGCCAAACAGUGUGGCGUGCUCCCUGCACACAGUUACGGCGGCGGUUUGCCAGAAUACAGUUUCGACCGGCAGCGGCUCGAAGAGCAGCUGCAGGACUUGAAGAUUCGCCAGCUCGGCAUGGCGCCCCUAUCGCCGAUCUACGAGAAGCCACCGUACUUGGACAUUGCGCCAACCAUGCUCCUGAGCCGUUCGUCGUCCACCUCGAAUACGCGCUCCGUCUCGACGACGGUGAGCGAUGAGUCGGUGGCCGGUGACUCCGGUGUGUUCGAGGCGUCCCGUGCCCUGCUGCCGAACCGAGACUGCGCGCAGGUGCAAAUCGGUAUUCGCUACACGGCCGGCGACAGCACGCUGUGCAUCACCAUCGAGAAGGGCCGCAACCUGACCGCACUCUCGCUGCCCGACGACUGUCAACUGUUUAUCCGCGCAAUACUGCUGCCGCCGGGUGCAGCCGCUACCGCUGCCUCCCAUUUCAUCCGCACCGACACGGUGACCGAUUUCACGCGACCGCUCUUCAAGACGAUGCUGGUGUUGCAGUUGCCCCUCGAGAAGGUGUACACAAAGUCGCUGCACGUCAAGGUGAUGGUACAGGUCGGCCAGUGGGAAGACUGGGUGGGCAGUGCGCAGGUUAGUCUGGCCGAGUUCAGUCCGACCGAUGCGUCCAGCAAGUGGUACAACAUUAUCAGCCGGCAGUCGAUGAGCGAGUCCGAGCUACUCGACGGACGACUCGCAGUUGCUCGACUGGCGGGGAUGAUCAAAGAGGAAUCGUCCGACGAGUCAACCAUCAUCUCUUCGUCACAAACAUCGACCUUAACGCGUAACCAAGGCCAGGACGAGUUGCAGGCCGUACUGGAACUCACGUAUGACGAACUGUUGCGAGACGAAGAGGCAAACGAUGAAGAGGACGAUGAAGAAGGGGACGAAGAGGACGACGAGGACUGCGAGGACGAAGUGAUCUACGGAGAAGACGAGGAAGGUAGUGAACUGAGAGAUGCAGUUAGUAGUGAGUGUAGGAGGCCAGUGUUUCUCACUACCUCAGCCAACGGAGUCAUAGAGACCGAAGAGAGCGAAACAAUACAAGAGGCAGACGAUAGUGUUGGUGGACCAAGCGUAGAAGCUACUGACCGAAUGAUACAGGAAUACAUGAAUAGCGUGAAGGAGGCUGGAAAAGGUGGUAGCCGUCGUGCGGAAAGCGAGCGAGACGAAGUGGUAGUAUUGGACGAAACGUUGACUGCCAUCGAGCUGGCCGACAAGGAAACGAAUACUGAGUGUGCUUUUCUGCCGGAGCGAAACCGGCGACGGUUUAACGAUCCGGCUUAUCGCGCCUCAACCACCACCAUCGAAGAGGGUUCGGUUGUCGAUGAUCGGUUGGUGAAACGAUCGCAAACUUUUUCACCAAGUGCCGUAGCUAGUAAAACCAGAUACAUCUGCCGGUUGAACCGGAGCGACUCGGACUCCGCCAUGCACUUCAACAAUCCAGUGACGCCGCACCCUUUCAAGCGAGGUUCAGUCGAACGGCGUUCUUUGCGCUACCACAACCGCGUCUCGAAGAUCUACCACAAAAUGCACCCGGCUGUACCGCGGACCAGUCUCGAUUUGGAGCUCGAUCUGAAAGCACAGCAAACGAAACUGGAGACGCUGACAGACGAGAUCAGUCGAUUGCGUGAGCUGAAGUACCGGCUAGAGCAGGCGCGUGACAAUAACGACGUGAAAGUUGCUGCCUGGGCACUUGAAAACGAGGACUUUUUGCGGCUGGUAAAGAAUGUAAACGCCGUCACACCCGAGGAGCGACAGCUCGCCAAGUUGAUGAUGAAAACCUCGAAGGAAAUCUACAAGCUGCGCAAGACGAAAGUCGGCAAGGGAAAACUCGAUUCGAUAUCGUUUAAGGAAAAGAUGGCAUUCUUCACACGACGAGGUGUAUCGGUUCCAGAGCUGCCUACGGAGAUCUUUCAUCAAAACGGGGAAGUGCACGGCGUGGAGACGAUGAGCACCGGCGUUGGGUGCGGCGGGGAAUCAAAGCCUGGUAGCAGCAAACCAUUGUUAGGAACUUCGGCCUCUCAAACGCCCCGACAACGGGAAUGUUUGCCCACGGAUAAGGACUGUACUGGUGGUGGGGGCGGCGCCGGCGGCGGCGGCUGUGGGUCAGACGAGUCUGAAGGAGGUACAACAACGCCGACCAACUGCGAAUCGGUGGAGGAAGAGAGUGCGAUCGCGUCUACACUCAAUAGCGAAGGUCCUGCUGACAACUCGUUCUCCUACAAUGACGUAGAUCGAACGUACGGCGUGCAAGUUUGAGUGUGACCAGCGGAUGGCCGAUCAGGCAAAUCGUGCUCCCUCUUUUCUUGUAUGCACCUCCUGCCACAUUUGACACCUUACUCCUACGCAAAACUGUUGAACUCUUGAAAAUGACCAAAGGUUUUGCAUGCAUUUAAUUGUUAAGCUUAAUUACGUUGUUUUAUUGUUUUUUAUUUUGUUUUUAUUAACACAAUCGCUGUAAUCACCACUUGCGUGCGUUUCUUGGCGUAAUUCCAUGUGCAUUCUUCUACCGCGUUCCCCGAACCGCCUGCUGUCUCUAGCCACCUCCCCGUCACCUUAAUGACCACCUAGUAAAAAUGACCAAAAUGUAAAUUAAUCAUAUCGUAUACAUUAGCCAAUCGAAUGGGCUUUGGCAGUGAGAUUAAGUUGAAGUUGAAAAGUUGGAAAUGAGAAGUAAGGAGCUGAGCAUAGAAUAUAAUGAAUUGAAUGUGAAUACGGCUUGACCUGCCCGUACAUUACAACAAAGCAACAACAAAACAAAAACAAAAUCGUAAGUUCGACUUCCAUACAAUAAUUUGUCACGAAUUAAAAGAAAUCAAGACACGACGCUACGGCUUAUGGCGUUUUGCGCAGGGACAUUGCAAUUAGUUUCACAUGAUCACGUUUCGUAUGCGUAUGUGUUCAUUCCGUUGGGUCGUGUGUCCUACGUGAUCGAAGGUGAUGAAAGUUCAACAGU